CGUCAAUAAACCUCAAAGAAGAAGCAGCAGAAGAAGAAGAAGAAGAAGCAGAGCAGCUACUGCAGACUUAUUUUUAUAUUUAAAUAUGUUUUCCCCUUCUUGUUCAGUAGGUUUACUAUCAGCCCUAGUAAUAUUGACCACCCAGUGCUAAGCCUUACCAUUACUGGUGUGCUGGUUGAUUCAGCAGAGCUAGCUCCACUGCUAACUUAGCUUAGCUUCUUCUGGUGUGUUGCUAACUCCACUUAGCUUAGUUAAACAGCCUUAAAAGUGUGUUAAGUAAGCUUAGUCUGCAAGAGGUAACAGUUCACACCAAACGCGUCUACAUUAUACAGCAUGGCGCUCAAGUCGGGAGAGGAGCGUCUGAAAGAGAUGGAGGCUGAGAUGGCUCUUUUUGAGCAGGAGGUCCUCGGUGGUCCGGUGGCAGUAUCGGGGAGCCCCCCUGUGAUGGGGGAGGGAAUACCUGUUGCUCUCUCUGUCCCUGUAAUGCGAGCCAUUAUUGGGACCAACACCUACAGUCAGGUCCAGCAGACAUUAGAUGCCAGAGCUGCUACUUUUGUUGGUCCUCCCCCGGUGUUUGCCGGUCCAGUCCCUCCGAUGCGUCCUCCCAUGCUGAGACCGGCCUUUGUCCCUCAUAUCCUGCAUAGACCUGUUGGUCAGAGGAUGCCGAUGAUGCGCGGUCCUCCAAUGGCACCUCCUAUGCCCCGGCCUCCUCCUCCUCCUCCCAUGAUGAUGCCUCCUUCCAUGCAGGGCCCAUCACCUCAGGGCGCUCCUCAGCCCCUCCAACACAUGGCUGCCCCCCCUCAGGUCCGUGAUAUGGUCUCCAUGGGGUCGGCUCUGCCCAUAAGACAGGGACCCCCGCCCCCCAUCAAACCUACCCCAUCAAUUAUCCAGGCGGCACCCACCGUGUACUCUGCUCCACCCACCCCCGCUGCACAGAAAAGGAUUGAUGUCAGAGCUCAGAGACAGGCCAGAAUGGAGGAGCUGGCAGCGCGGGUUGCAGAGCAGCAGGCAGCAGUGAUGGCAGCCGGUCUACUGGACAAGAAGGACCGUGAAGACAGCAUUACGGUUAUCGGACCCAGCAUGCCUGAGCCCGAGCCCCCCCACACUGAGGUACAAACAGUCCUCUGUGUACCGUAUCACCUGAUAAAUCCUAUUACCCUAGUUACAUUAGGACAGUCUGAAAUUCUCCUGUGCCUGCUUCACUGAAAUGAUCAGAUAUUU